CCGCCCGCUGCGCGAGCCCGAGGAGGAGCGUGUGGGGCGGAGGGCCCCGGGCUGUGUCCGGGGGGCGUGGCUGGGCCCCCCGCGGCCUCGGCGGAGGGGGCCCGGGCUGCGCCGAGGAGGGCCGUCUUCGGCGGGUGGAGAGGCGCCGUCAGCGGCGCGCAGCGCGGGGACACUGCGGGCGGGGCUGCGGAGACGCCGUCGUGUGUGAAGUUGCGGGUGGACGGGCGACUGCGAGCGGGCAGCCCGACCCCAGGGGGCGCCGAUGUCGUCACAGGAGACCCGCCCGGGCCUCGCGGCCCGGUGUCCGCGGCGGACUGACGCUGAUGCUGGUUCAUGGCUGGUCCGCCUCGUGAUCACGUCUGUGCCCUUAGAGUUAGUGACAGUCCUCAAGUUUACGACCAGAGAUUAGACAGUAAUGAUGACAUUGAAGAUGUUUCACUGUUUGAUGCAGAAGAGGAGACAACAGAUAGACCAAAAAAGUCCAGAAUCAGACACCCAGUGGCAUCAUUUUUCCAUUUAUUCUUUCGAGUCAGUGCAAUUGUAGUCUAUCUUCUCUGUGAAUUGUUCAGCAGCAGCUUUAUUGCCUGUAUGGUGACAAUUAUCUUGUUGUUGUCAUGUGACUUUUGGGCAGUCAAGAACGUCACAGGUAGGCUAAUGGUUGGCCUGCGUUGGUGGAAUCAUAUUGAUGAAGAUGGAAAAAGCCAUUGGGUGUUUGAGUCCAGGAAGGCAUCCUCUCAAGAGAGUAAAACUGUUUCUGAGGCUGAAUCAAGGAUCUUUUGGUUAGGACUUAUUGCCUGUCCAGUGCUCUGGGUGAUAUUUGCUUUUAGUGCUCUCUUCUCCUUCAGAAUGAAGUGGUUGGCAGUGGUUAUCAUGGGUGUGGUGCUACAAGGUGCCAACCUAUACGGCUACAUCAGGUGCAAAGUGGGCAGCAGAAAGAAUUUAACCAGUAUUGCUACAUCUUAUCUUGGAAAACAGUUUUUAAGACAAAACACCAGAGAUGAUCAGACUUCCUGAAGAGGACUAGAGAAAGCUUGUGUGUUCUGUUACACUGGGAAACAACUGAAGAGAUUCUUGACUCUCAACCUUUUAGAACUCAGUACAUGUUGCAAAGAGGAGUGUUGGGUUUGUUUUUCCAUUUACAAAUUUACUUUAAAAAAGGAAAAGUAGUUUUCGUAUUAAAUUUUUGUUUUCAUUCUAGCAUUUUGGGGCUUGAAAGUAUGGUGUUGUAGAAAUAUUGUCAGAAUUUAGUUCAUGGUAUACUUAUGUGUAUGCACAUAGUCAUGUAAUACCCAUAUAUCCCAAAUUCAUGAAAGUGUUUGUGUUCACGUACAUGUGUAAUGGAGACCUUUGCAUUUUGAUCCAUAGAACAUAGGAGGAUGUUCUUAGUCUACAUCAAAACUCUAUGUAUUUACGUAUGAUUUCUGUAGAUUAUUUUCGAAGAAAGUUUUGCUUCCAUGUUAAGAGUGAGCACUUUGGCUUAUAUGUAAGUUAGAAAUAAUUGUUAAUUUUACAACAUAAUAUUUACUUCAUGAUGAAACUUCUUAUCCUAGGCGUUCACAGGCAGGUAAAAGCCAAAUUUGGGCCAGUGGCAUUAACUAAUUUCUAAGAUUUUGUUUAUUUUUAUUUGUAACAUAUCAUGUACUUAAGGCCCAAUUAAUAUAAAUGGAAUUUUUAUAGUUUAUAUUUAAGGGAUACCUAGAGAUUGCUGCUCUUCUAUUUAUUUUUUGGAAAACAUAGCCAGAUUUUGCUUUGGAACUUCCCGGAGGCUCUUCAGUGGUCCUUGGCUUAAUGAAAUCUAUCUUUUACCACUAAGAGUAUUAUUCUUAUAAUGUCAUAGUGAGAAUAAUCAUUUAAAUGCUUGGCAUAAUAAAUGCCUAAAAGACAUUUUAUUUUAUGAAUCUAUUUUUUCUUGGUAUAAUGGGGAUAUUGUAAAUCAUGUAUUUGUAUUGAUGGUAUUUCUUAAAGCAAUAUAUGUAACAAUCUACAAACUAGUGUAGGCACCUGUGAAUUCUGUUGUAGGUAUGGUAGUCCCCCCGUAUCCGUGGGGGAUAUGUUCCAAGACUCCCAGUGGAUGCCUGAAAUCACAGAUAGUACCAAACCCUGUAUAUACUAUGUUUUUUCCCCUAUACAUACAUAUUCGAGGUGUGACAGCGAAACUAACAUGAAUUUCUUUUUCCUUCUUCAUAAUUUCGUGGAUAGAAGAUUCGUUCUUACCGUAGAUCUUAGCAACCUCAGCAUACGAGUUUUUUUUCUUUCCUUAAGUUGAAAACUUUUACCUUUUCACUUAAAGGAAACACUUCACAACUUCUCUGUGGCAUAUUCGAAUUGCCAGCAUCACUACUCUUGUGCUUUGGGGCCAUUAUUAAGUGAAAUAAGAGUUACUCAAACACAAACACUGUGAUACUGUGACAGUCGAUCUGAUAACCGAGAGGGCUACUAAGUGACUAACAGGUGGAUAGUAUAUAUAGUGCGGAUGCAUUGGACGGAGGGAUGAUUCAUGUCCCGGAUGAGGAGCAGCAGAAUGGUGCAAGAUUUCAUUACGCUACUCAGAAUGGUGUGCAAUUUAAAACUUGUGAAUUGUUUAUUUCUGGAAUUUUCCAUUUACUAUUUUUGGACCACGGUUGACUGGGGGUAACUGAAACCGUGGAAAGUGAAACCUUGGAUAAGGGGGAGCUAUUGUAUACUGUAAACUUUAUUGGAGUCUUUUAAUCAGCACGUUAUUUUGUGAAUGUAUUUAUACAUUGUUAAAAACUUUGACAAGGUGUUUUGUUUAAUGGAAUAAAUGUCUUUAUUGGAGUGAUA